AUGUUGAGAUCCAUUAGAAGUUCUGCUAAAAUACAGAGCAGAGCCAAGAUUUUAAGAUCUUCUGCUUUAAGCAACAGAUUCAUUACACCCACUAUACCAUUGAGAAGAAAGUUUUCCAGUGAUAAUUUUAUGCAAACAACAAAUGCUGCCUAUAUAGAUGAAAUGUACCAGGCCUGGAAGAAGGAUCCAUCUUCUGUUCAUGUCUCUUGGGAUGCCUAUUUCAAAAAUAUGAGUAAUCCUAAUAUUCCAGCUUCUGGUGCCUUUGUUGCUCCACCAACGAUCUCCCCAGAAGCUGUUGAUUCUGUUGGUGUUGGUCAAGGGUCCAUUGAUGCCAUUAACUUUAAUGGCCAUGUGGAUCCAAAGGUUUUAUUACAUUUGAAGAUCCAAUUGUUGUGUCGUGCAUAUCAAGUCCAAGGCCAUUUGAAGGCCCAUAUUGAUCCAUUAGGUAUCUCUUUUGGUGAUGACAAGUCCAAAAAGAUUCCAGCUGAGUUGACUUUAGAGCAUUAUGGCUUUACCGAAAAAGACUUGGAAACUGAAAUUCAGUUGGGUCCAGGUAUUUUGCCUCGUUUUGCCAAAAAUGGUAAAAAGAGUAUGACUUUGAAAGAAAUUAUUUCCAUUAUGGAAAAAUUGUAUUGUUCAAGUUAUGGUAUUGAAUAUAUUCACAUUCCAUCUAAAGAACAAUGUGAAUGGUUAAGAGAAAGAAUUGAAGUUCCAAAACCUUUCCAAUAUUCUAUUGAUCAAAAAAGACAAAUUUUGGAUAGAUUAACUUGGGCUACUUCUUUUGAAAGUUUUUUAUCUAGCAAGUUUCCAAACGAUAAGAGAUUUGGGUUAGAAGGGUUAGAAGGUGUUGUUCCCGGUAUCAAGACUUUGAUUGACCGUUCUGUUGAGUUGGGUAUUGAGGAUGUUGUUUUAGGUAUGGCUCAUCGUGGUAGAUUAAAUGUUUUAUCUAAUGUUGUUCGUAAACCAAAUGAGUCUAUUUUAAAUGAGUUUAAGGGUUCUUCUGCUCCUAGUGAAUAUGAAGGUUCUGGUGAUGUCAAGUAUCAUUUGGGUAUGAACUACCAAAGACCAACCACUUCUGGUAAAUUUGUUAACUUGUCUUUGGUUGCCAACCCAUCUCAUUUAGAAGCCGAGGAUCCAAUUGUUAUGGGUAGAACCAGAGCUAUCCAACAUUACAAGGGUGACACUGAAGAUCACAAGAAGUCUAUGGGUGUCUUGUUGCAUGGUGAUUCUGCCAUUGCUGGUCAAGGUGUUGUUUAUGAAACUUUUGGUUUCACCAAUUUAACUCAUUAUUCCACCGGUGGUACUAUUCAUGUUAUUACUAAUAACCAAAUUGGUUUCACCACUGAUCCAAGAUUUGCUAGAUCCACUCCAUAUCCUUCGGAUAUUGGUAAAGCUUUCAAUGCGCCAGUUUUCCACGUAAAUGCUAAUGAUAUAGAAGCUGUGACCUUUUUGUUUAACCUGGCUGCUGAAUGGAGAGCUAAAUUUAAACAUGACGUUAUUAUUGAUGUUGUCGGUUGGAGAAAGCACGGUCAUAACGAAACAGACCAGCCUUCUUUUACUCAACCACUGAUGUAUCAAAGAAUUGCUAAACAGAAGAAUGUUAUUGAUGUUUACACUGAGAAGUUGAUUGCUGAGGGUUCUUUUGCCAAGGAAGAAAUUGACAAACAUAAAGAAUGGGUAUGGGGCAUGUUGGAGAAAGCUUACCAGAAGAGUGCUGAAUACAAACCAACUUCUAGAGAGUGGUUGACUGCUUCAUGGGAAGGUUUCAAAUCCCCAAGAGAGUUGGCUACUGAAAUUUUACCACAUGAGCCAACUAAGGUUGAUGAGGCUACUUUGAAGAGAAUUGGUAAAACCAUUGCUUCUUGGCCAGAGGGAUUUGAAGUUCACAGAAACUUGAAGAGAAUUUUGAACAACAGAUUAAAGACCGUUGAAAGCGGUGAAGGGAUUGAUUGGUCCACCGGUGAAGCUUUGGCUUUUGGUUCUUUGUUGUUGGAAGGCUACCAUGUCAGAGUUAGCGGUGAAGAUGUUGAAAGAGGUACAUUUUCUCAACGUCAUGCUGUGUUACACGAUCAAAAAUCGGAUAGAACAUACACUCCCUUAGAACAUUUGGGUGAAAGUCCAGAUAAAUUUGCUAUAUCCAACUCUUCUUUAUCUGAAUAUGGUGUUUUGGGUUUUGAGUAUGGGUACUCAUUAACCUCUCCAAAUGCUUUGGUUCAAUGGGAAGCUCAAUUUGGUGAUUUUGCUAAUACAGCACAAGUUAUUCCCGAUCAAUUUAUUUCUGGUGGUGAAUCCAAAUGGAAGCAACGUUCAGGUAUUGUUUUAUCUUUACCACAUGGUUACGAUGGCCAAGGUCCAGAACAUUCUUCUGGUAGAUUAGAAAGAUACUUGCAAAUGGCCAACGAAGAUCCAAGACACUUCCCAACCGAAGCCAAGUUGCAAAGACAACACCAAGAUUGUAAUUACCAAGUUGCCUAUCCAACUUUGCCAUCAAACUUAUUCCAUUUAUUGAGAAGACAACAACACCGUCAAUUCCGUAAGCCAUUGAUUUUGUUUUUCUCUAAAUCCUUGUUACGUCAUCCAUUAGCUAGAAGUAAUUUGAAGGAGUUCACUGACGGUGAAUUCAAAUGGAUUAUUGAUGAUCCAGAACAUGGGAAGGCUAUCGGUUCUAAAGAAGAAACCAAGAGAUUGGUUUUGUUAACUGGUCAAGUUUACACUGCUUUACACAAGAGGCGUGAAGAAUUAGGAGACAAAACCACUGCAUUUGCCAGAAUUGAACAAAUACACCCAUUCCCAUUUGCUCAAUUGCGUGAUUUAUUCAACAGUUAUCCAAACUUGGAGGAUAUUGUUUGGUGUCAAGAAGAACCAUUCAACAUGGGUGCUUGGUCUUUUGUUAGCCCAAGAAUUCAAACCGUUCUAAAAGAAACCGAAAAGUAUAAAAACGAAGUUGCCCGUUACUGUGGUAGAGAUCCAAGUGCUUCCGUCGCUGCCGGUAAUAAACCAUUACAUAAUGCUCAAGAAGCUGCUUUCUUAAAGGAAGUCUUUGGUAAAUAA